GUGUCUGUCUCUGUGAGAGAGAGUGAGAGAGAGGAGAAAGUUCAGUGUUGCUCUGUGGGGUCGCUCCCGCACAGGCAGCGGGAGGAGGGGGUGUCGGGCCCCGCGCCGCCACCACCACCACCACCACAGUCUCCGGAGGCGGCGACAGCCCCCAGAGAGGGGGAGGGUCUCAGCCGCUAACCCGGGCUGUGGGGAGCUCUCCCCGUCCGGUUAUCUUGUGGACAUUGAAAUUGAAGUGGAGGGAAUGGAUGUAACGUGAUCAAAUGUUGGUCGAAAACAGAUUGCUGGUCUUGAAGCAAAAAAUUGACAUAAUGAAAUUCUUUAUCAGAAACUCAACUUGGACCGAAGCUUUGAAAUAAACAGACAAGAAUGGAUGAAUCUGCUUUGUUGGAUCUGCUUGAAUGUCCGGUGUGCUUGGAGCGGCUUGAUGCCACAGCAAAAGUGUUACCUUGCCAACACACGUUCUGCAGACGAUGCUUGCAGGGAAUCCUGAAUUCCAGAAGUGAACUGCGCUGCCCAGAAUGCAGGACUUUGGUAGAAUGUAGUGUUGAUGAACUUCCCACCAACAUCUUACUGGUUAGACUACUUGAUGGUAUCAAGCAUCGACCAAGGAGGCCUGGAAAUAGUACAAGCAAUGGCAAUAAUGGCACCAACAACCCAAGGACACAAGGCAGUGGUCCCAUUACUACUGCUAAUUGUGGCACUACGUUGCGGGAUCUUCAAAGCACUCAUAGAGUGCAAGCACGCAGCCCCCCAGUCAGGGGUAUACCUCAACUGCCAUGUGCCAAAGCAAUAUACAACUAUGAAGGAAAGGAGCCCGGUGAUCUCAAGUUCAGCAAGGGAGACGUUAUCAUCCUGAGACGCCAAGUGGAUGAAAAUUGGUACCAUGGGGAAAUCAAUAGUGUUCAUGGAUUUUUCCCCACUAACUAUGUUCAGAUUAUCAAACCUUUACCUCAGCCUCCGCCACAGUGCAAAGCACUUUAUGAUUUUGAAGUGAAAGAUAAGGAAGCAGAUAAAGACUGCUUACCAUUUUCAAAGGACGAUAUCUUAACAGUGAUACGCCGAGUGGAUGAGAACUGGGCUGAAGGAAUGUUGGGAGACAAGAUAGGAAUAUUCCCCAUUUCUUAUGUUGAGUUUAACUCAACAGCCAAACAGCUAAUACACCUGGAUAAGCCUUCUGCCUCCACUUCUGGAGGUGGUGAUUCAGGAGAAGGCAGCAGUAAUGCCUCAGGUAUUGCCCAAAAGCCCACAGAUAUCACCAAGAAAAACACAAAAAAGCGUCACUCAUUCACCUCAUUAACUAUGUCCAACAAAGCAUCGCAGUCAUCUCAGAACCGUCACUCCAUGGAGAUCAGUCCUCCUGUUCUCAUAAGUUCCAGUAACCCAACAGCUGCUGCUCGUAUCAGUGAGUUGGGUGGACUCUCUUGCAGUGCUCCUUCUCAGGUCCAUAUCAGCACGACUGGUUUAAUAGUGACCCCACCUCCCAGCAGCCCUGUCAAUACAGUAGCGCCAUGUGCCUUCCCAACAGAAGGCACUUACACGGUUGCCCAUGGGGAGGAUCACCUACCGCCGCGACCACCACCUCCACCUCCAGCUGUUGGUACAGUCACUGUCUCCACCUCAGCUGUUGGUACAAUCACUGCCUCCACCUCAGCUGUUGGUACAGUCACUGCCUCCACCUCGGCUGCACCAGGUGGAGCGCCAUGGCCUGCCUUGGGUUCAGCAGACCAAGUGGCACAUCCAAGGCCUCAAGUACGUCCAAACAUGUAUGUUGCUUUGUAUCCAUACACUCCUCGUAAAGAGGAUGAGCUUGAGUUGCGAAAAGGGGAGAUCUUUCUUGUACUCGAACGUUGCCAAGAUGGAUGGUUCAAGGGAACGUCCAUGCACACAGGCAAGAUCGGUGUUUUCCCUGGGAACUAUAUGGCACCUGUAGCCAGGACAUCUUCUGGAACAGCUCAGCCAAAAUUACCACUGGCAGUGGCACCACAAGUAGGUCGAGGAGUUACAGUGGUCAGCCCUUCUCAGGCAGUCGUGUCUCAAGCUAAAGCUCCUGCAAAUGGCUCAGAUUGCAGCAGACCAAUCAGUCCUACUACCCUACCUACUGUUGUGGUAUCAGCAGCACUCAUUCAAGCUACGAAUCCACAGACAAAGGUUUUGAUGCACAUGACUGGCCAGAUGACUGUCAACCAAGCUCGGAAUGCUGUUCGCACAGCUGCUACCCAUGGCCAGGAGAGACCAACUGCAGCUGUGACUCCUAUUCAAGCUUACAAUCCAGUUACCCCUAUUUCAGCCACACCCGUUGCUCCUCAGCAAGUCACUUCUACACAACAUCAUCAGGCAGGACAGACAGUUGCCCCUUUUGCUCCCAGAUCAGCUGUGGCUCUCAGCUCUGCAGCAGUUGCCAUAACUCCUCCUAACAUCAGUGCUGCGUCUCUUGAGGGGGAGACAUCUGGAAAGAUGCAAGCUGCCCCACCUGGAACCCCUGCUGCUCCCCCUGUGACUGCUUCAGCUGCUAAUAAAUUUGAAAAGGAAAGCAGAGACAAGAAGGAGAAGAAGAGCUUCUUAAAACUGCUUUCUGGGGCAUCUACCAAGCGGAAAUCACGCCCUUCCCCUCCAUCUUCACCCACAUUAGAAUCUGAAGCGUCUGCUGCCGACUCAUUCCUACAGGGAGCUGUGGGUCCUGAAGUUCCUUCAUGUAUAAACCACAGCAGAACUGGAUCUUGUCCUGUAGAUAAUGAAUCCCAAGGAGUAUUGUUCGAAACACUUCAUCGAAAAACAGCUUCCUUAGAUUCCGGCGUCCCAAUCGCACCUCCUCCAAGACAACCUUGUUCAUCCAUGGGCCCAGUUCAACUGGAAUCCAAAUCAGUCCCAUGUGAAAGGUACAGAGUUGUGGUAUCCUAUCCCCCACAGAGCGAGGCUGAGCUGGAGCUUAAAGAGGGCGACAUUGUGUUUGUGCAUAAAAAACGUGAAGAUGGCUGGUUUAAGGGCACUCUACAACGCAAUGGAAAAACUGGUCUCUUCCCUGGCAGCUUUGUGGAGAGCAUCUGAGAAGUCAAUUUCUUAUAAAGCACACAGACUCCGUAAUCAGCUGUUUAGUAGAAUAUUCCUAUUGAAAGCUCAAAUGGAUAUGAAAUGGAAACGGAGAAUGUCUCUUUCUGCUUCCUGGAGUGGAUAAGCAGCAAUGGUGAAUGUUCACCAGUCGCAGAACUCUGUACAAUUUCUGUCAUUCUGUAUCAUGUUAAUCUGUGCCUUCCAUCCUCAUUCAGCAGCCGGCAUCAGUGUUUUCUACUGAAUCAAUUAGAAUCUACUCUUUGGCACGUAAUCAGUUGUUUACAAAGAUGCUGUAAUUAUGACAAAACUUUGUAACUUAUUGGAUUUUUUUAGUCUUUAAUCAAUCAUGUAAAGUGAAAGUUCUAUAAUAUCAAGUAUUGAAAGUUGUGAUAAUUUAUAAAAAAAUUUGAGGGGAAGCUGGAUUCUCUCCUCACACAAUUCAGUUUGAUAUAGUACCUCUUACACACACAUCCUCCCUUUAUCUCUGUCUCACAUAUUGGUUUCUGACAUAGUGAAUUUAUAAAAGGUAAUUGAGAACAUGUGUGAACUUGUAACGUAGGUGGCAUGUGUGUUUGAGCUGUAUAAGUCAAUAAUGAUGUAGACAUGUAGAGUGAUUACAGAGGUUUGGAAACUGGUUUGUAACGAAAGAGAAGGAAAAAUGAUAGUAUCAAGAAAAUUGAGGGGAUCCCUGAAAGUCGUAGAAAAGGCCUGGAGACAAGUUUAAGGAUUGAGGAAUUUUCUACUGUAACUAUGUGUUCUUAAGUGCUUUUUUGUCGAAGCAUGUUGAAUCAUGACCCAACACAGUAACUUAAACUGUGCAUGCAAUGUAUACUUAAAUGGCUAUUUUGCCAUGGCUUAAAAUUUCUAUUUGAACCCAUAGUUCUCAGCUCUCAGAGGCCUUACAGCUCAGAAUUUCACACAAAAUGGCACACAACACAUUUUCCUUUUUUAUUCAAGGGGGAGGAAGGAAUCAAAAUUCUCUUGUUCUUGUAGUCUUUUGUUUUGCUGAAAAUUAUCCAACCAGUCAUUUACAGCAAUGUAAUUUCUUUUCAAAAGGAACACCUUUCCAAAAAGACAUAAUCUACUGUUUAAAUGAGAGAUUUGGUAUUCUGACUGCACCAAGUUCCCUGAAAAUCUGGUUUCAGACAUGGGUGUGUCGCUCUAUCUUGUCAGUGAAUGUCAGCAUCUUGACUGAACAUUUUAGUUGUAACUUGUGGGUGUAGCGGGUGUAGGCACUAGUCAGCGUGGGACAGUAUUGUCACAGUGUGUAAACCAGCAUGAUUAAAAAGUGGGGAGAAUUCACACCGUACUGGAGAUGUUGCUAAUGUAAGUAGUGAAGGACCCACUACUGUUUUGGGGUCAAAUUACCUAUGUGUGAUCUGCAUCAGAAUUUGCUAAAAUUGAACACUAAAAAAGAGCCUUGAGAUAGCUAGCUCGAUGUGGUUAGAACAGUUUGUUUUCUUCCAUAGACUUUUAGACUUUAAAACAAAUCUGUCUACUUGAAUGAAAUUAAAAUGAGUAAAUUGUUGCGUAUUUUAUCUGGAUUUUACAUGUGAAAAUUGCCUUGGCUGGAGAGACGCUGGCAUCGGCUUUAAUCAGCACAAGAUUGAUACUAAUGUCCUAGGUUCUAAUGUUGGAAGAGUAAAUUCAAAAUGUUUAUUAGAAUGCAGUAAAUCGAGAUCUUAAUUGUAGUAUUUUUCAAAAUGUUACUAGUCACUUUGUCAUCACAUGAAUGAAUAUAUGGGGGAAUAGGUAAAGCACCACCACUUGUAUAAUAUCGAUGCACUUCUGUUUUUGCACAAUCCAGGAGAGUGGCAUUUAUAUUAUACACAAAUAUUGCAGCUAUCACUGAAUUGUCAAAUUAAUAGUUUAACUACAUGUAAUAUACAUAAUUCAGAUCACUUUUUCAGGUAAAGGUAUAGGUUGGUUGUAUACCACUGGUGUGUAUUACCAAACUUGAGAAAGUAGAGACAAAUUACAUCUUUGUACUACUGACAUUGGAAGGGAAGUGUAACUUUUGACGCCUUCAAUGUGAUUUUUGUUUUGGAAAAGAGAUUGUUUGAUAAUACAGAACACGUUGCUCUGAA